AUGUACGACGACUUCUUCAGUCCACCAGAGGAAUUGUAUCAACACAAUCGAUCUCUUACCGUCUGUAUUGAUCACAUGGAGAUUGAGAAUGCUAAGUUUCUCACCUGCAUUGAUACCACUGUGCGUUAUUGCUCAUGUAUUCCUAUGCAGAAGCUGAAGACUGACCCUAUAUUUGAAGCAUUGGAUAAGAUUUUCCGCCUCUACAACAAGGAAGGCUUUCAAGUCAAGACGAUCAAAUGUGAUUGGGCAUUCAAUCCUCUCACGGAUGACAUGCUAGACGAUAUGGGUGUUACUAUUGACCCAACUGCAGCUGGAGACCACGAGCCUACCGCUGAGCAAAACAAUAGGACGUUGAAAGAAAGAGUCAGAGUAGCUCUUGCCCAAUUACCCUACAAAGUGGUCCCAAAGGUGAUCACUGAAUGUCUUGGACGUCAAGCCGCCGAGCUAUUGAAUGUCAUUCCCCAGAAAGACAGUAUCUCAUCACAUUUCAGUCCGCAGCAACUCAUUGAUAAUGUCAAUAUCAUCUACAAGAGUGACAUGGUUGCUGAACUUGGACAAUAUGUUCAUGCAAUUGGGACGGAUUCCAGCAAUUCGAUGGAACCCCGAAGUAUCAAAGCAAUUUACAUUGAACCUACAAAGGGACAACAUACUGGGCACCAAGUGCUCAACCUCAAUACUAAGAAGAUGAUUUCCCGACCCAAGGUCGUUGUACUACCCGUUACUGUCCAAGUAAUCCAGCGUGUUGAAGCUUGGGCUGCUGCCAAAGGUGUUACUCCCAUGAAGUUCUUUGAUAAGAAGAGAGAUUUGGAGACAUUUCAAGAUGGCGAUCAAAUCGCAGGAGUGGAUGACACGGAACAAGGUUACUAA